AUGUUAACUUCUUCUAUAGUGAGUGUUGAUUCCAGCAAAGUGUAUAAACCCAAGGCUAGUCAAGUUGGAUUGCUAUCUACUGCAAUUAGCAAACUAGGGGAUUCUAGCUUUGUUUCAAAAAGCAGAGAGUCCACAAACAUGUCUCCUGUUAGAACGAGGUUAUUUAGAGAUUCAUCUCCAAAAUAAACAAAGGGAUUACAAGGAGUAGUUGUUGGAGAAUAUCACCCUUUGACACCUACACAUAUUGUAUUUAGUAGUAUUCAUAAAAGCACAUCUCCUCUGAGAUCUGGUAGAAAUUAUAAUGAGUCACCAUAAAGAGCAAAGGUAAGAUUGGAUAGAUUCAAAAAUUGGGAUUCAAAGUUAGGACUAGAACUCCAAAUAUAAAAUUCCAAAUUUACACGUCUCAAUAAUGAAUUGACUUAUUUAAGCCAUUAACCUCAUCAUCAGACCAAUAGAUCAGCUAUUUUCUUGGGCAGCAAUUUAAGUAGACUUAGUGUUGGUGGAAAUCAAAGUGAUAUCAGACUUUUGUCAGCCAAAUUGAAUGCGAUUCCACCCUCUCAAAUUGGAACCUUUACUGCAGGUCAUUCUCACGAGCUGUCUUCAUUGCAAUAAUCUUUGAGCAGAAUCAUGAAAUCAAGCCGACAGUAUUGAACAAAAUUGAUUUUAUAUUAUAUUAAAAU